AUGGUGACUUUUAGGAAACAGUAUGCAGUGGCCAGACCCGUGUACUCAGAGGACAGCUUUGCUGAAGAUUAUGAGAAAAUCCACAGGGUGCGCAAAACAACCCUGGACCAUGUGAAACACUUCCUGACCUGUGAUUCAAAACGUGCCAAGAAUGCAGUGCUCUCUCUUCUGCCCAUCAUUGGCUGGAUGAGGAUCUAUCGGAUUAAAGAAUGGCUGCUGGGUGAUGUGGUGUCUGGGAUUAGCACUGGACUGGUGGCCAUUAUGCAAGGAUUGGCCUUCGCUCUGCUGGCCGAGCUGCCUGCGAGCUACGGCCUCUAUACAGCUUUCUUCCCCAUGCUUACAUAUUUCUUCCUCGGCUCUUCAAGACAUAUAUCUGUAGGGGCCUUCCCAGUCCUGAGCCUGAUGGUAGGGGCUGUGGUGGUCCGCCUGGUCCCGGACUUAGGAACACCGGCUAACUUCACUUCCUUUGAGGGCCUGAACAAGACUGAGCAGAGAGUCCUGGUGGCCUACUCUCUGACCUUUCUCGUGGGAAUUUUUCAACUUGCCAUGGGCGUACUUCAGGUCGGCUUCAUUGUUUUGUACCUGUCCGACACUUUGGUUUCUGGUUUCACCACAGCAGCUGCUGUUCACAUCCUGGUGUCCCAGCUCAAGUUUGUGUUGGGGUUGACUGUUCCAGGCAUCAGUGGACCACUGUCUAUCAUUUAUACCCUAGAGAAGGUCUUUGUCCAAAUCACCUCCACCAACAUCUGUGACCUGGUGAUGUCCAUAGUGAUCAUGGUGGCAGUUUUCAUUGUGAAAGAGCUAAAUGACAGAUUCAAAGCCAAGCUGCCUGUUCCCAUCCCCAUUGAGGCUGUCAUGACUAUCAUAGCUUGUGGGGUUUCCUAUGGCUUCAACUUCGAGACAAGAUAUAAUGUUACCAUUAUUGGCACAAUGGUUGGUGGGUAUGAGCCACCUACUGCGCCCAGCGUGGAGGUGAUCCAGGACAGCGCUGUGGAGGCUUUUCCUAUAGCCAUAGUGGGUUUUGCUGUUGCCUUCUCUGUGGCCAAAGUCUACGCUAUCAAACAUGACUACACCAUUGAUGGAAACCAGGAGCUCAUUGCAUUUGGGGUCAGCAACAUAUUUGGUGCAAGCUUCAGGUCGUUUGCAGCUAGCACAGCGCUCUCCAGGACGGCUGUGCAGGAGAGCGCAGGAGGCAAAACACAGAUUGCAGGGCUGAUCUCGGCCCUGAUGACAAUGAUUGUAACUUUGUGGCUUGGCUUCCUGCUGGAGCCGCUCCCCACGUCUGUCCUGGGUGCUUUGGUCAUUGUCAACCUGAAGGGCAUGCUGAUGCAGUUCAGAGAAAUCCCCUACUUAUGGAGGAGGGACAAAAUAGAAUGUGUGGUGUGGGUGGGAACAUGUCUGGGUGCCAUCCUACUGGGACUGGAUCUUGGUCUGGCGGUGGGCUUGGGGGUGGAGCUAAUCACUGUCAUCUUGAGGACUCAAUUCCCCCGCUGUUCUGUCUUGGCUAACAUCCCAGGGACGGACCUCUACAAAGACCGCAAAGAUUACAUGCAUAUUUUCGAACCAAAGGGAGUAAAAAUCUUCAGGAUACCCUCGCCUAUCUUCUUCGCCAAUGUUGAGUUCUUCAGGGACAAGCUCAUAGAGGCUGUUGGGUUCAACCCUCUGAGGGUUUUGAGGAAACGGAACAAGGCUCUGAGCAAAAUCAGGAAACUGUUGAAGGACAGGGAUGAUGAAAUUAAAGAGAAAGGAACAAGGGGUUCAUACCGUCAUAUGGCUGGUGACUCUUGCAUGAAUGAUGAGGAUUUGGAUCCGUCCCCUAACCUCAAGGACCUUCCUCUUUGCAUAGACUGGAAUGGCGAGAUUCCCCUCAGCAUCAGUGUUCCCAGAGUGGACCUCCACAGCCUGAUUCUGGACUUUGCUGCUGUCUCCUUCUUGGACAUCUCUGGACUGAAGGGACUCAAAACGACACUCAGAGAGCUCCUCCGUGUUGGUGUGGAUGUUUACAUUGUUUCUUGUGACGUGUACAUCCUGGAGAAACUACACAACUGUAUGUUCUUCGAUGACGAGAUUCAGACCUCCAUGUUCUUCCCGACCCUUCAUGACGCCAUGCUCCAUGUGCUGGAAAAACACAAGGAGGACAAAAGUAUAGGCUGGGUGUUAGCAGAUAGCAGACUCUAG